CUCUUGGGCGGGCGGGCGAGCGGCGGGCGGGCGGGCGGCGGUGGCGGCGGCGGCGGCGUUGGCGGCGCCACGCGCAGGCUGGAGGCCGCCGAGGCUCGCCAUGCCGGGAGAACUCUAACUCCUCCAUGGAGCCGGCCGACUUCUACGAGGCGGAGCCGCGGCCCCCGAUGAGCAGCCACCUCCAGAGUCCCCCGCACGCGCCCGCCGGCAGCGCCGCCUUCGGCUUCCUCCGGGGCGCGGGCCCCGCGCCUCCCCCAGCCCCACCUGCUGCCGCCCCGGAGCCGCUGGGCGGCAUCUGCGAACACGAGACGUCCAUAGACAUCAGCGCCUACAUCGACCCGGCCGCCUUCAACGACGAGUUCCUGGCCGACCUCUUCCAGCACAGCCGGCAGCAGGAGAAGGCCAAGGCGGCCGCGGGCCCCGUGGGUGGCGGCGGAGGCGGCGGCGACUUUGACUACCCGGGCGCCCCGGCGGGCCCCGGCGGCGCGGUCAUGUCCGCGGGGGCGCACGGGCCCCCUCCGGGCUACGGCUGUACGGCGGCCGGCUACCUGGACGGCAGGCUGGAGCCCCUGUACGAGCGCGUCGGGGCGCCCGCGCUGCGGCCGCUGGUGAUCAAGCAGGAGCCCCGCGAGGAGGACGAGGCGAAGCAGCUGGCGCUGGCCGGCCUCUUCCCCUACCAGCCGCCGCCGCCGCCGCCGCCUGCGCACCCGCACGCGUCCCCCGCGCACCUGGCCGCCCCGCACCUGCAGUUCCAGAUCGCGCACUGCGGCCAGACCACCAUGCACCUGCAGCCCGGCCACCCCACGCCGCCGCCCACGCCCGUGCCCAGCCCGCACCCCGCGCCCGCUUUGGGUGCUGCUGCGGGCCUGCCGGGUCCCGGGGGUGCGCUCAAGAGCUUGGCUGGCGCGCACCCCGACCUCCGCACGGGCGGCGGCGGCAGUGGCGGCGGCGGCGGCGGCGGUGCAGGCGCGGGCAAGGCCAAGAAGUCGGUGGACAAGAACAGCAACGAGUACCGGGUGCGGCGGGAACGCAACAACAUCGCGGUGCGCAAGAGCCGAGAUAAAGCCAAGCAGCGCAACGUGGAGACGCAGCAGAAGGUACUGGAGCUGACCAGUGACAAUGACCGCCUGCGCAAGCGGGUGGAACAGCUGAGCCGCGAGCUGGACACGCUGCGGGGCAUCUUCCGCCAGCUGCCCGAGAGCUCCUUGGUCAAGGCCAUGGGCAACUGCGCGUGAGGGAGGCGCGCGGCUGCUGCGGGACCGCCUUGGGCCGGGCCCCCUGGCCGGGGACCCGGAGAAUGAUUUUGGGUCGCUGGAUCUCCAGGCUGCCCGAGGCCGCGAAAGCCAGGACUAGGAGAUUCCGGGUGUCGUCUGAAAGCUUGGCCUACUCCGCGUGUCCCCUCCCUUCCUCUGAGCCGGACUCGGUGCGUCUGAGAUGGGGGAGUCGGGCCCGGGGUUCCUCCUUGAGACUGGGAGACUUUCCCCCCCCCCCCCGCGGAGCUGAGCUGGGAGCCCGGCCAUGCUAGUAUUAAGGAAGUAACCCCGUGCCUUGGAUACUCAGAACCCGCUCCUUUUCCUACCGAGUAGGGGGAGCAAACAUGUGCCUUGAUAUUUUAUUUGGAGGACUCCUGCCUUCUCAGAGGCUGCAGCAGCCCCCCCCCCCAAGAAGAGAAUGAAGGGUGCAGGCCCGGGGCAGGAGGAAGAUUCAGGAAGCCGAGAUCCCCGGCAGCGCUAGUCCCUGUCCUUAGAGGGGAGGGACUUAGGGAGUUGGGGAUUUGAGUCUAAGAGUGCCCCCCCCCCCGCGCGCACUCCCCUCCCGGCUAUUUGGAGGUGGAGGGUUCCUGAUACCUGGCUUUUUUUUCACCCCACCUUCUCACCUCAGCUUGCAACAGGCUAAGUUUCCUGGGUGAGUUCGUGGGGAAUGGGGGGGCACCACCCCCAGUUAGACCAGAAAGCUAGGUUGUAAGUUAGCCAUGUGGUUAAGAGAGUGGUUGGAGGCAGGAACCUAAGUUACUGGUCUUGGGGGGUUGGGGGGACGAAAGGACACCGGACCGUCAGCCUUGUGUGUACUGUACGUCGCCAGCCGCUGUUGCUGAAGGAACUUGAAGCACAAUCGAUCCAUCCCAGAGGGACUGGAGUUAUGACAAGCUUCCCAAAUAUUUUGCUUUAUCAUCUGAUAUCAACACUUGUAUCUGGUCUCUGUGUCCCAGCAGUGCCUUGUGCAACGUCGUUGCGCACGGCGAUGCUAAACCACCAUUUUAUUUGGUCCUUUUGUUUUGUUUUGGUUUUGCUCAGAUUCUUGCCAAAAUGAGACUCCUCACUGGCGGCUGGGGGAAGAAGCUCAGGCCCUCUUUCCUUGUUGGUUUGGGGAUUUUUUUUUCUUCUUCGUCUUCUUCUUCUGCUCCCGGAGGACCAGUGAAAUGAAGUGGGCUUCCCCCUUCCCCCCAGUUUUCCCAGGGUGUCCUCGUGGGUCUUAGCUUCUUCCAGCUGAGACUGAACACAGGCACCCUCCCCCAGCCCGCCCCUACCCUCAAAGGCCCUGGCUCUGGGUCUGGAAAGAAGGUCACCUCCAGCCAAUCCACGCACACACCCCUGUGGCUGGGAACAGGGGUGGACUGCUACCUUCUCUUCUUUGGGGGGAGGGACACACACACACAGUUUCAUGCUAGACGUCGUAUGUAUUAUAUCUAUAAUAUAAACAUAUCAAACUCAA